AUGGGUGUCCCUGAUACAGCCAGUCCCGGUGUGGUGCAAUAUGACUGUGGCAGACGUCUCCGAGGUCGGGAGUUAAAGCAAAUGGGAUAUCUGGAUGCGCAGCCAGAUCCCCCGUUAAGCGUCAUCCGUCAAAUAAGGAGGGUAUACAAUGACCUUACUGGGGAGGAUCGAGUGGUUGUACAUGUGAAGCGAAUGGACUCUCAGGAAGAAUGCGUGCCAGAGUGUCUGGGUAGCGAGAUAGCGGAAGGUGCAGACCGGGGGACUUCAGAUUGUAGUCUGUUACGGAACGAUCGCAUCUGGGAACUUGCGGUGAUCAAAGAUGCGAUGAUAAGAGAUCGGUAUGCCAAUGAUCCUGCUAACAAUGCCUUGUGUUUUGAGAUGGAAGCUGCCCGCGUUGUUGGUGAAACCCUGUCUGAUCAGAAAGGGGUUCAGUGA